CCAUUGAGAGCGCAGUGAUGGCAGUGAUGCAAGGCAUGUCUCUGAGAAGCCCGCAACCCAUCCACACAGACUGGACCACUUUGGACUCUAAAUAUCUCCAUGUCUCACUAUGCCUCCCUCUUCUCUGCAGCUCCGUUUUGUUUGAGGACAUUUAAAACAAGAAAACACCGUCAAAUUGAUUUUUUAAUUUUUGUUUCACAUGUCUGUAAAGAUUUUGCAUCCUAAAAAACUCGUAGUUAUCCAUUCUUUCAAGUGCUUCAACAGUCUCGCUUUGCAUUUGUGUGGAUAUUUUAAUUAAUUUAUUUUUUGCGACCAAAUGGUUCUAGCGGAACUAUAAAUUUGCAUCUAUUUUUUUAUUAUCUUUGUAUAUUCUCCUUCUUUUUAUUUUGUAUUUCUUAUAAUCACUGAGCAUUUGCUGGUGCUACAUUCACUACUUCAUCCUAAACCAUGGCUGAUUCCAACGCUGAAUGCAACAUCAAGGUGUUGUGUCGAUUUCGCCCGCUGAACCAGUCUGAAAUUAUCCGCGGAGAUAAGUUUAUUCCAGUAUUUCAAGGAGACGACACAGUCAUUGUCGGGGGAAAGGCGUAUGUAUUUGACCAGGUCUUCCCCGCCAAGGCCUCACAGGAAGAGGUCUACAACUCCUGCGCCAAACAUAUUGUCAAAGAUGUUCUGGGUGGAUAUAAUGGGACCAUUUUCGCCUAUGGGCAGACCUCCUCGGGAAAAACACACACUAUGGAGGGGAACCUUCAUGAUCCCCAGGAAAUGGGAAUCAUACCCCGGAUUGCAGAAGACAUUUUCGAUCAUAUAUUUGCCAUGGAUGAGAAUUUAGAGUUCCACAUAAAGGUCUCCUACUUUGAAAUCUACAUGGAUAAAAUCCGUGACCUGCUCGAUGUUACAAAAAUCAACCUGUCAGUGCACGAAGACAAAUACAGAGUUCCUUAUGUGAAGGGAUGUACUGAACGCUUCGUCACAUGCCCGGAGGACGUGAUGGAUGUGAUAGAUGAGGGAAAGGCCAACCGCCACGUUGCUGUCACGAACAUGAAUGAGCACAGUUCCCGCAGUCACAGCAUCUUCCUGAUAAACAUCAAACAGGAAAAUGUGGAGACAGAGCAGAAGCUAAGUGGGAAGCUGUAUCUAGUUGACCUGGCUGGUAGUGAGAAGGUCAGUAAAACAGGUGCAGAGGGAGCCGUACUGGAUGAGGCCAAGAACAUCAACAAGUCCCUGUCAGCUCUUGGGAACGUCAUCUCAGCCUUAGCAGAAGGAACGAAAUCCCACGUGCCGUACCGUGACAGCAAAAUGACUCGCAUCCUACAGGACUCGCUGGGCGGAAACUGUCGCACCACCAUGUUUAUCUGCUGCUCUCCCUCCAGCUACAAUGACACAGAGACCAAAUCCACCUUGAUGUUUGGCCAAAGAGCCAAGACCAUUAGAAAUACAGUCACAGUGAAUCUGGAGCUCACAGCAGAGCAGUGGAAGAAGAAGUAUGAAAAGGAGAAAGAGAGGAGCAGGAUGAUGAAGGAGACUAUUCAGAAACUGGAGGCUGAGCUGAACCGCUGGAAGAACGGUGAGAAUACUAUUGUGCUGGAAAAGCUAAGUGAAGCAGAAUCCGAGGACACCCCCUACAUGACAGCAGAUCCAGAGGAGGCGGCUCUUGAUGCAUGCAGCCCCUGCAGUCUCUGCAGUUCCUGCUCCAUAGCCUCCUCCAUUGUGGUUCACAUCUCCGAUGAGGAGCGGCAAAAGUACGAGGAGGAGAUUCGUAAACUGUACAAGCAGCUGGAUGAUAAGGAUGAUGAGAUCAACAACCAGAGCCAGAUGGUGGAGAAGCUGAAGGAGCAGAUGCUCAACCAGGAGGAGCUUUUAGCAUCAUCCAGGGGUGACAGCGAGAAGGUGCAGUACGAGCUCGGCAAGCUGCAGACAGAAAACGAAUCUGCCAAGGCGGAGGUGAAGGAGGUCCUUCAGGCCCUGGAGGAGCUGGCAUUAAACUAUGAUCAGAAGAGCCUAGAAGUUGAGGAGAAAAGUGUGCAGAACAAACUCCUGGCUGAGGAACUUGCAAAAAAGAUGGCUCACCUCAUUGCUGUAGAGGCAGAGCUCUCUCAUAUCCAGGAAGUAAGUUCUCAGCAAAGGAAACGCAUCAUAGAAAUUAUAAACGGACUAAUGAAGGACCUGCGAGAGUUCAGCACCAUUGUUGGAAACAAGGAAAUCAAGCUGCCCAUAGACAGAACCGGAGCGAUUGAGGAAGAGUUUACAGUGGCUCGUCUCUUCAUCAGCAAGAUAAAAUCAGAAGUGAAGUCCAUGGUGAAGCGCUGUCGCCAUCUGGAGAACCUCCAAGUGGAGUGUCAUCGCAAAAUGGAGGAGACGAGCAGGGAGCUUUCGUCAUGUCACCUGCUUAACUCACAGCACGAUGCAAAGAUCCGCCAUCUUUCCGACUACGUUCAGAACUUAGAGCUGAAGAAGAGACAGUUGGAGGACAGCUAUGAUUCUUUGACUGAGGAGCUGGCCAAGCUUCAGGCACAAGACAGCUUGUCACAGGUGACCAGUGGAGAGAAUCACACGUCUAACCUGAAUUUCUGCGAUAUAAAGAGGGCUCUGGACCAGCAGAUGGAAUCACACCAUGAAGCUCAACGCAAGCAGCUCAGUCGCCUGAGAGAUGAAAUUAGUGAAAAACAGAAGAUCAUCAAGGAGUUGACUGACUGUAACCAGAGGCAGCAGUUGGAAUUGGAACAACUGCGCAGUGACUCUGAACGCUUCAGACUGCAGGACCAUGAAAAGAGCCGGCAGCUGGAGGAAUUGACGUUUCUCAAUGAACGGCACGAACAGUCAAAGCAGGACCUGAAAGGGCUGGAGGAAACAGUCGCUCGAGAGCUCUACACACUUCACAACCUCCGCAAGCUUUUUGUUCAAGACCUCACGACUCGGGUUAGAAAAAGUGCAGACAUGGAGCACAAUGAAAGUGGAGGAUUUCUCACCCAGAAACACAAGAUUUCUUUUCUUGAAAACAACCUGGAGCAGCUUACAAAAGUUCACAAACAGUUGGUACGGGACAAUGCAGAUCUUCGCUGUGAGCUUCCAAAACUGGAGAAGCGUCUUCGCUCUACGGCUGAGCGAGUUAAGGCGCUGGAAGGUGCACUGAAGGAGGCGAAAGAGGGGGCCAUAAAGGAUCGACAUCAUUACCAGCAAGAGGUGGAGCGAAUCAAGGAUGUGAUGAGGACCCGCAAUCCCUUCCGUCGUCCCCACGCUGCACAGAUCGCCAAGCCGGUACGACCAGGCCACUACCCGGUCUGCACACCCAGCAACCCCUUCUUCAUCCGAGGGUACAGCGAACACCCCAUUGCCUUCUGCAAUGCCGUCUUUUACAACAAAAACAGCCAGCCAACACUGGCCUCUGCUGCUCCACCAAGGCCUGCUGCUGAGGUCAGGUUAGAAGAAGUAAACUCCAACCAGAACACCCCCGAAGAGCUCUUUGAUUCCCAAAACAUGGAUGAUCACGACACUCAGAACAAUAAGGUUCCAACUGGGCCAGCAACCCAAUCAGACAACACAUCAGAGAUGCUCGAUGCAGAAAACGGAAACACCACAGAUAUCAAUGACAACAGAACCGAUGUCUGUAACAGCCAAGACCCCGUCAAACUGUACAACCUGGAACCCAAGGCCUCUGCCAGCUAAUAAGUCAGAACAGGCUGCUGAAUUUGUCUAAAGCCUCCUCUGUAAAUCUGCAUGCAGCUCAUCACUGUCCUUCCAAACUCUUCUUCCUCUCACAUCUUCACCUCCUGUGAACUGUUCUCAUCUUUUUCUUUCCAAGCCUCUGCUUGCUUCUAAGUGGGUGAGAGUUUGGCAGGUCUCACAUCUCAAAUGCAGGGCCUGGCAGCGUGCAUCUACUGCUGCACCCCUGCACCAGUGACUUCAACAACAACGUGAUGAGAAACCCACAGAGGAGGAACAACAGGUGCAGCGCAGAAGAUGAACCACUAGAAUGUGCUGUUUGACACUAGGGAGGGGGUUAAAAGACCAUGUCAGUCAGAAUAUCUGAAACAUAGAUUUCUGAUCUCCUUAGUUGUUUAAUGCACAUUGUUUUUCAUGUUGGUCUGAGAAUCUAAAUUUUCUUUAUAUCCAACAUCCUAUUAGGUUGUUUAUGUUUUGGUAAAAGAACAGCUAAAGAGCAAGUAUAAAGUUUCCUCUCACUUUAACCAAUCAAUGUUAUUUUGAAUUAAAGGAUUAAAAACAGAAAAUUAAGAUAAUCUAAUAACUUAUUCCACUUUUGAUAAACAAAAAUCCAUUUACAGAGAUCUGAUAAUUGUUCUAAAAAACAUUCAAAUUAGUGUCUAUUUAGGCCCCUCCCUCUCCGAUACCAUCUUUUUCUAAAUUUGGUUGAUGUCUGCCGUUCAGACAAAGUAAAGCUUCUCAAUCAAACUGGGUUUUAAAAAUAAGGCAUUACUUUAAAACAAUACAGAUAUAUGUAUUCUUUACUUUACAGGAAUGGCCGGCCUUUUUUUAUACUAUAUAAGAUAAAAAUAAAGAAAUUGUUGUUUUUUCCUGUUUUUGUUAAACUCCAUUCCAAUGAUUUUGCUUUUUUUUGUAAUUUAAAAAAAAAAAGAGGUUUUGCGGAACAUUAUUUGAAACCAUUCAAAGACAUCCAAACAAUGAUGUAUGGAAUGAAACACUUCAUUUGACCACAAUAUGGUUGUUCUGAUCAGAUUUUACAAACAUGGACUCCAUGUAAAUUAUUCAUUCAGAUUUUCCAUGGUUGUUAACAAUAACCGCAGCUUACUGAUGCAAAUCAGUUGUUCCGAAUUUUAAACAAAAACCAAAACAUGUGAAUGUUUUUAGUUUUAAAGAGGUUAAAGAAAAAAAGUUCCCAGCUUUUUGUCAUCAAUGACAAAUUGCCUGUUUGAAAUUCAUCAUGUCAUGCAUGGUUGAGAGGGAAAUGUGUAGCAGCUAUUUUUAUACUCCUAGAUUUAUUUAAAAAUAAAUAUAAUAUAUACAAAUAUAUGUAUUAUUUGCUUAAUUUAAAUGUAUUACAAAAGAUUAUUUAUUUAUAGUUUACAACAGUUGGAUGUGAUCCAUAUAUGUUUUUUUUCUUUGUGAACAGAAUGAAAAUGAUGAACCUCCACAGUUUUAUGCAUGCAUGUGAGCAGCAGCUCCUGUAUUUAAAGUCUUGGUACUUUACUGUAAAGAAAAAUAAUCAUUUCCUAUUGUAAUCUACAACACAUGGGCCAUAUGACUCAAGGGUUAUUGCAGGUUAUCAGACGCUGAUGCAGUUCAGCCUGCUUGACUGAUACACGCUCAUUGAGAUAACUUCUGAUCAGCCUGUGAUAUUUUGACCUUUGAAAACCAGAUGAGCCGUAAACUUCAGAGAGGGGUGCUGUUGGAGAUAUCUUUGUGGAUAUGUCGAUAAUCUUGUUAUCUCUGAUCAUCAAUGACUAAGUGCCACCCAUCGUAUUCUCUCUGUUGAACCUCCUGAUCAAACAGUCAGGAUGAGGGAGUUAAUGGUGACAGUUAAAGAUGUAGAGUGGUUCUCAGUUUCUACAAGGGAGUUUUCAGCAGUAAGAUUUGGCUUAAGCUGGACCUGUUUAAAAGCUAGUUUUUAGUUAAAUGACUAAAGUAUUAAAGACCCGCACCAUUGACAAAACGUGUUUUAUGUGUUUUAACAUACUCUUCUGCCAUUUUUCUGAUUAUGGAGGACAUAUUUAAAAAGUAUUAAGCUUAAAAUCGAAUUUAUGAUCAUUUUUUUAUUCAAAUCGUUGUAAAUCAGGAGCAGACAAAAAAUAUGCUGUCUGGAAAAAAUAUGCUGUCUGGAAAUACGCUGGGUGGGCCACAAGCUCCCUGCUCUGUUCCAUUCUGACGCAUCCACUUGCAGACAAAUAGAUCCAUGUAUGUUUAGUUUUCCUCGUCUGAGC